AUGGCUAUCAAAGCUGGAGAUCUGGUAGCUACUGUACCUGGUAGCUCACCCACAAUGAUCUCAGAUGGGAAGAGAAUGCGAGUGCUCUGGGCGAAUGGCCAUGGUGAUGGUGAUUCAACCAAAAGCUUCAUUGAUCGUUCCAAGACGACUGUCAGAGGCCAUCCAACCUGGAAGUUGUUCGCUGGAGACGUUCCAAGUCCAAUCUUCCGAGGCAGAAGAGAGCCGCCCAAGUAUGUGUACCUAGACGACCGAGCAUGUUAUGCCAUCUACAGCUCAAGGUUCUACGACGAGAAGGAAUUGAAGACGUUUUGGCCAUACGACUUUGACAAUCUCGGCAAUAUCAAGGCGAGCAGGCCUAACAGGGGCCGGCCGGCUUAUUUAGACACUGCCUGUACCAAAUAUGCCAAAGGGCCAUUACGUGGUGGAAAGACUGGAGGGUACGAGUUUUGUGGUGCAGCCUCGUCGCGUGGAGAAAAGACUUCUCAACGGCGGGUGAAGAAAGAAGCCGAACAAGCGUACGCAAAGGAGGUUGAGGAUAGCGCUAAGAUCUCGCUGAGUGGUGCAAUCCCGGUCACGCCCUCACCUUACACGAACGAACGAGUCAUCGACCCUAGAGGCUACCCUAUCGGCAGUAACGUCGACACCUAUCCCGUACGGUUGGUAUGGAAACAGGAAGAUUCUAUCGGCAUCGACCGCAUCAAGUUCGAGCGCCGCACGCCCCCAAAACACUACGAGCCUGACCCUGUCGACGGCGAUCUGAAGCCACCGGGCAUUCCAGACAAGGUGAUCCAAGGCUCGCCGUUGCUCGAUAUCCCAGCGGCAAGUGUUCGGAAGCGAUCCAGGCACAUGUCUGGCGAUAUGGCUGGAAUUAACGCACGCUUCAACUCCGAGGACAAUGCCGAGGAGAGGGAUACCGAGGUCACCACGAAGCAGAAAAGAGUUAAAGUCAAACAAGAGGAGGGCGAUCUGGUUGAGUCCAUGAUCGCGGUCAAGUACAAAUCACAUAUAGAUUUCAAAGAAACGACAGCAAACUCGCCCUCAGGCUUCAAAGAUGAGGACAUAGAGGCGUGUCUAAAGGAAUGGGGCCCUGAUAUCUGGACUAAUGGUCGCGACGGGACGCCGUUCGUGACUUCCAUCGACACGAAGGACGGCAAUUAUCCCAAUCACCUCGAAUACGUAAAUAAGCACGACCGCAAGCUAAUCAAAAUGUUGGUCUAUUGCUGGAUUAUCUUCCGCGCAUAUAAGAAGAUGGAGCUGAAGCCUGCCCUGAAAACAACCAACGCAACUAGCCUGGCGCAAGCUGGCAGCAAAGACGAAACUUCCGAACGACCACUUUCGCUUGCCCAUCUGGGGAAGAGGUUCUUAGACCAGAUCUGGGUCUGGUGCGUAGUGCACGGCCAACUUCUUGCAGCUGAACGUCAUUUCAACCAGUAUCGCCGAACGGUAAAAGCAACAGGAUAUUGCUACAACUGUACGAUGUCGGUAGGUGAUUCUCUGAUCGAGGAGUGCACCAAUGGAACGACCAAGGCUGGAUUAUACUUGUCCCGCCUGGGACUGGAGAAGAAUUUCAAGAACCCGAACAAACCAGGCAAGCCGAAUUUUGAGUCAGUACCCGCGCUUUGUAAGUUGUGGGACGCGACAAACCAGAAGGUCAACGCGAUUGCGGCGACAUAUAACUCAAGGAGAGCCAUACGCGAGGCACUGAGACGACGGGACAUCUGCCUGGACGAAAUCGCAAGAGACUGUCUCGUCAGCUAUGGUCCGGAGAUCUGGAACAACGGAAGAGAGGUACCCUUCGUUCUUUCUCUCGACACAACAACCGCACCUUCCAAAAUCAAGGGGCAUGCUCAGGUCGCAGAGGACAAGUAUCUGAGGCACCUGAUCUACGAACAUCCAAGUGAUGAACGCAAAAUAAGGCUGCUAGUGUCUGCAUGGACCGUCCAGCGCGCCUGUCGGAAGGCCGAAGAUAAUCUUCGUGAAGGAAAGACUUCCCAGAAAGAAGUUGUGAAGUCGUCAACAGAUUUUUCUAGCGUUAUGGAGGCAAUCCGUGUGAAACCGGCUAAGCGUACUCGCAAUACCGUCUUGGCUUCGUCGUAUGGUUCCCCAGGUUCCGAUGAGCUCAAUGCGUUGGUCUUUGACGACCCAGCCAAACGUCGGAGAAGAUCCAAGCCUGCUGUACAACUUGACACUGCUCGUAAACUACAGUCAAAGAAACCGAAAAAGACUCAUGAUCCACAGUGUAUUCCGGAAAGUCGGCACAAGAUGCGGACUGCUGUCGCGGUUGUGAUACCCGCACGAAAGCCUCAGCAUACUGAGCCAAUCAAGAUGACCAACCGAACACGAAGUCAACCGCUAGACAAGAGAAAAACAGUGCCACGUCCUGCACAGGGUAGAAAGAAAGGAUUGGCUAGGGAGACCACGCGAUUGACAACUGAAUCCCGCACAACUCCGCCCCGCACAAGAACGGGAACUCGUAGUGAACGGUCGGUUCAAAGCAGUGCUGACGCAAACACGAACUUAUUGAUGGCUCAGCUAGACCAUGACCGAAAUGCUAUGGGCAUAGAACUCGACGAUCUUUUAUUGCCGCACAACCCUGGAUGUCACAACCUUGCGGCUAUCAAGCGGACUAUCGGACUCAUUGACACCAUAGCCAUCAAUGAUGUUCAGGGCCUCCGUAGAAAGCUUGGAGACUCCUAUGAAAAGCACAGGAUCGCUUUAGAUAGAUGGCUGGGAUGCGUCAAAGCACUUGUCGAGUUCCGCGAGAUUACUGAUCUUGAGGGAAAUGAAGAUGCGAUAGAAGCCGAGUUCUCAAGUUUACCACUGCCCAUUAAGAGGAAGGCACGGUUGCUUCGGCAGAGAAAGCACCAGGAAAUUGUGUCAUGGUUCAAAAGGCCUGCUGUCAAGGAGCUUGAUUUCACCAUCGCCAGUUUCUCCAGAGACGUGGCCUCCAUACUUUCGAAAAUGACUAGCUGGAGUGGCUUGCCGGACAUGGGUGUGGAUGAAAUCCUUCACCCCAUGGUACCUUUUACAGAACAGCUCCUGGGAUGGUUCAGGGGCGUGCCGAUUAGCUCCACGACAAGGAAUUGA